AUGAAAACUAUUCGAGAAAGUCUGCUUCGUCGAUCGUUUGAUAAUCAUAUAUUGGCAAAUCGUCACAAUAAACGACAAGAUGAAAUGCUCGAAGAGAAAUUUUCACUUUAUCAACGUCGAAUUCGUCUUAUGGAUUAUAAAACUUAUUUUGCUGAACAUCGUCUUGCACAACAUGCAAAAAAUGAUCUCGGCCUAGUCGUUACCUAUAAACAUAAAACAUUAGAACUAUCCGAUAAUCGACAAUUUUAUUAUAGAUCAACAAAUAAGAAUUGUACUGCAAAAGAAUACUCCGUUGAACCCUUAUUUCGAGUUCUUCAACAUAAGAAUAUUUAUGAAUUCGUAUUUGAACGUCGUUCUAAACAGUAUGUUGAAGAAUUACGACAGAAAAAAAGUGUAGAAAAUUCACGAAAAGAAAAAUUUAUGAAUACAACUGAAUUACUCGUACGUAAUGAUUAUGAUAAAGUUAUUGAUUGGCCCACGUCAGAAAAUGCUCGAAUUCAAUUACCACCAAUUCAUCGUGGAAGACGAAACUAUUCUCCUAUUAAUUUCUGA